UUAGCUUGCUAUGAUUUCCUAUAAUAUUCAACUUUCCCUUUUGGAGAUACGCUGGCAAUCAAAACUCCAAAAGAACCACAAAACCCUUGUGUGGAGUUUUGGCAAGAAAAACAAAGACAAGACCUUGAGAGACACCCACUAUCUUCAACCAAGCUAGUUCCAGAGUAAUGGUGCUUGUUCUUCUUGUUCUGGUUCUCGUCUAAGGGUAUUUUUUCCCCUUUGGCUCUCUUUUUUGGGCCCAUUCGAGAUGGGUGACACCAAAGGAGAUACAACCAAGAAGCCAACACCUCAGCAAACUCAACAACUCUCGUCUUCUCCCAAAGAGUCCCUCGAGGAAUCCUCGGAAUCAAGGCAAAAGCACCUCCAGCAACAAUCGGCUGUCGUGGUCACUGGAGCUCCUUUCAUCUCUGCGCCUUUAUAUGUUCCAAUUGGUGCAACUUCUUCUCCCUUCGAACAACAAUUUGAGUCAGUCAACCCCAAGCGACCUCGAUACAACAGUGGCCAAUGGAAGCUACUCCCAUCACCAUCUUCCUUACAGACACAAGCUCAAAUGGCUAUAAUCACCAGCGAAUCAAGCCCAUCACCAACUACAAAUCCCAAAAACCCACAAACCCAAGCUCAUACCACAGCCGCUUCCUCCUCCGACACAGCCUCAUCUCCACCCCACUCUCCUCUCCCGUCCACAACCUCAGGCCAAGAGACCAACAAACCAGAGGGAGAGCAAUUUCAUCACCAAUUCAGAAAGGGGAAAUAUGUCAGCCCCGUUUGGAAACCGAAUGAAAUGUUGUGGUUAGCAAGGGCUUGGAGAAUUCAAUAUCAAGGUGGGUCUGAUGCAUCUGGCUCUUCAAGAAUCGGCCACCAAGAGACUAGUCAUGUUGCAGGCAGCGAUGUUGCAGUCCAAUCAACAAGAGGCAAAACUAGGGCUGACAAAGAUAAGGAAGUUGCAGAGUUUUUGAACAGACACGGGAUCAAUAGAGAUGCCAAAACUGCUGGUACUAAGUGGGAUAAUAUGUUAGGUGAGUUUAGGAAAGUGUAUGAAUGGGAGAGAGGAGGGGAAAAAGAACAAGUUGGCAAGAGUUACUUUAGACUGUCUCCUUACGAGAGGAAACUACAUAGAUUACCUGCUUCCUUCGAUGAGGAAGUCUUUGAGGAGUUGUCUCAGUUCAUGGGACCUCGCAUGAGAACUUCUCAAAGCAGAGCUUCUGCUAUUGCUUCGGGUGAUGACGGUAGGCCAGUUAUUUCUGGUUCUAGAGCUCUGCCCCCUCCCCCUCCUUUCAAAGAAGAUGAACUUCCUCCCUCAGUGAGAACAAAACAACUGGUAACGACUAGUGGAGGAGAUGCCUUCUUUCAUGGAACUAGAGGGAGUCUGUUAGGGUUUGACAAUUCACUAGACGGUAGUGUUGGUCUUCCUUCUUCAUCUUCAAAGGAACCUCGUAGAAUUGGGAAGAUAAGAAUGGCAUGGGAAGAGUCAGUAAGUUUAUGGGCGGAAGAGGGUGAGCACCAUAGAGGAAGAGUGAGACUUCAAGGUUCAAGCUUUUUGAACGCAGAUGAACUAACGUUCUUUGAUGAUACCAUGGUUGCUUGCACAAUUGAAGCCUUUGAAGACGGCCCUCUUAAGGGUUUCUCUGUCGAUAGAUUCGUCAAUGGACAGCAAGUGAAAGUCUUUGGCAGGAGAAAGUCAUCCACAGCUUCUGCAUCUUCUGGUUUCAUUGAUAGAGCUCAGCUUCCGUUUGCAGAACCCCCUAUCAGACCAAUGCCUCCAUUGGAAUUCCAAGACCCAACAGACUACUACGUGGGGUGCCUUAGAGUUCCCCCAACGACACUGCCAAGCUUGUUUGAGCUUUCAUGGCACUUACAAGAGCCACCACCCGAGGAAUAUCGGUUUCACUUAAGGAAAGAUGUGUACCGAGACUUGCCGCCCGGUAAAGAAGUUUUGUUUACUACUUCGAAUGAACUGUUAGAUUGUAGAGCUAUCAUAUAUGAUAUCUUGAGCCCAAUUAUUCGCACCAACCCUAGUCUCAGUGCUGCUACGGCCGCAAGUAGAGACUCUUUUAUUGGCCUUUGGGAUGAUUGCAUCAAUAGGGUUGUUUCCAAAUUUUGUUCUGUUGAAAUGGUUAUCAUCCGAAAACCUUCGUCGUCAUCAUCAACUGAGCCAUUGCAGGAUCAAUGGCCGAACGUGACAGGUUUUGUUAGGAAUUUUUGUUUGUGGAGGGGAGAGGAGACUGAUCAACUGAGGGAAAGUCAACUUGACCCACCAUCUUCUAUCGUGGAGAAGUUGCUAUGGACUUACAUGGAUCUACCGUAUAUAUUAGGCUAUUAUGCUGUUGGCUACAUGGUAACGUUUUGCGCAUUAAGCCGGUCGCAAGAUCGCAUUAUCAGGACAGAUUUGUAUUCAGUAGACCUAUCCUCCCCAUCAGAGAGACUAAAAGCCCUAGCGCCUUGCUGUAGAAUAGCAGGCCUCUUGCCCUUACUGGCCGAUCGCUGUUUCAGUAACGUCAACAAUAUUGGCUCGUACAAGCAAUUCCCAUUCAGCGAUUUUGAAAGAAUUGAUAUGGGGAAUGGAAAUAUAAUGGAAAUGACACCGAAUACGGUUAUAAGAUCGUUCUCUAGCAGGAAGAAAUGGGCAGCAGUGAAAGAAAUAUACGACAUCUUGGAUCAUCGAAUCCCACACGCUGAAUUCAUUUGCCGGGCAUCUGAGAAAGAUCUUACAUUGGUGUUUAAGCCUAGAGGGUGCAAAUUCAAGCCCGUAAACUGUGACCAACUUGUGGAAGCUCUCAAGUACGUGACAAAAGCCUUGGUAGCUCUACACGACUUGUGCUUCAUGCACAGGGACUUGAGCUGGGACAAAGUGCUGCGGAGGAGCGACAGAGAGAACGAAUGGUUCGUCUGCGGGUUCGACGAGGCGGUGGGUGCGCCGCAAAUAUACCCGCAGGCAGUGGCGGGAGCGGAGGCUCGUGGAAGGCACGCGCCGGAGAUGGGGAGGGGAUUACACGGGGUGAAAGUGGACGUGUGGGGGGUAGGGCACUUGGUCAAGACCUGUGGGCUCACAAACGUGCCUAAAAUGCUGAGGGAGUUGCAGAACAGGUGCCUGGAUCAGAACCCUGAACAGAGGCCAACUGCAGCCGAUUGCUACCAUCACCUGCUGCAGGUGCAGUCAGCCUCAUCAUCCGGUGCACCCUAUUGAAGUGAUACCUUCACAGAUUAACAAAUUUAUCCAUAUUUAUGUCACAUUAUUUUAUUUACAGGAGUAGUAUGAAGUUGAGCCUAGUUUAGGUUCCCUUGGGAUAUGCUUCAUAAAUUUUUCAGUGGUAUUGUUGGGGGUAGUUGAAGAUAUGGAUGUGUGCUCUGGUGGAGCAGUUUUGAUACCUUAAAAUUGAAUGAGAAGGGGGUGUGUUUUUUGAGGGAGGGGGGGCUGCGUCUGAUCAGUCUGAUGAGUAGGGUCUGAGAUUUGGAAGAGAAAUGGCGGCUGCUGCUAAAGGGCGGCUUCUCGGGUUCAACAGUUAGUCCUUUCUUAUCAAAUCCAAUCAAAUCAUGAUUUUUACAAGAAGUUACUAGUACUACUCGUUUUUUUCUUCUGGCUGGGGUUAUAAAAGAAAAUUACUUGUAACUGAUAUGUCUUGCAGUGUUACGGUUUCUGGAUUGAUGUUUGUAUGCAUCUCGAGACAUGGCAGUGUUUGGCGAUGAGACGAUUUCUAUGAGUAGUUUCCCACUGCCACUGUCAUCGUACGUAUUGCAGCCCCUAUCAAAUUUUACUGUUGCUCCGAUUUCUUCUUUCUC